CUUAAAUGAGGUUUUGAAUGAACGCGGAAGGUUUAAUUAUACACAUUUAUUCAAUUUAAUAACUUGCGUGUAAAGAUAUGUUUGUUAAUCAAGAAAGAAUAAAUAGUGUAUGUACAGCGAACGUAAAAAUCUGUAGGAAAAUUUAUGGAUCUUUGUCUCAAUAAGAACAAAUGCAGAGAACCCUUUGAUCUAAUGCCGGAUUGAAUAUAUAUCACGUAAAUCGUUUAUUUACAAUUUAUUGUGUGCAAUAAUGGAAGUGAAUGACGAUUCAUCGACACCUCAAGAUAGUAAUACGAUAACUGUAUCAGAUUCGGUAUGGAAGUUUAUCAACAAUCCUAUAAUAACGAUAUUCUCGGAUUUGGAAAAUCCUCCGACAGAACAGAUGCUCUGUUCUCUUCUCGAAUCUUUAUUGAAGAGAUCUUCUACUUUAACCACUGUAUUAGUCCCACCAUUUAGUAAUGGUACAGCAGAUAUUACUGUACAGCAACAAUUUGCAGCAUUCACAACUUGGUUAUUUGGCACAAUGUUCUAUUUGAUCUGCAAACAUUCAAGCGAUGUGGUGCUUUCAAAUAGUAUUGAAGUACAAGCUUGUAUGCUCAGAAUAUUAUCAAGGCAUCAUGUGGCAAUGUUUCAGACCAUUACUUCGGAAUACCUAAGUAUAUUGGAUGAGAUAUUAGAAUUUUAUAUGAGUGCUGCAGAAGAAAUGACUCUGUCAAAGUUUCAUACGGAAAAGGAUAUUAUAGAGAAUUUGGACUUGACACCGUUUCCUGCAAAGAUUAAAUCUUCAGAUGUGCCAUCAAUUCAAUCAUCUUUAUUAAAGAUAAUUGCAAAAGCUGGUGUUUCAGUAUGGGAUGAAGUAAAGUUAUGGAAUAGAAUUAUGACAAUCGUAAUCAAUUCUUCUCCAAGUCUGAAGAUUGAAGCAUUACAAUUGCUUACAGAAAUAAUAGAAAAUCAUAUUGUUCAUGAUAAUGAACAAAGAACCAUAAUUAUGUAUACCCUAGAAAUAGUGAAAAGUCUUCCAACUUGGAUUAAUUCAGAUCUAUUAUCAAUACAUAUGAUGUCUCAAUUUGCAGAAACAUUGAUACGUUUAAUACAAUCAUCACAUGUUUCUCUUAAUACAACAGACUUGUGUUUUCAAGUUAUUGAUUUUAUAGCUUUAGAAUUUGUUACGUACAACGUUAAAAUUGAAGCGAUAAAAAAAUUAGAAGAAGCAGCAUGUUAUAUGAUUAAACAAUAUUUAAUUGUAAAACCACGGUCCUGUACCACUUCAGAAGCUAAAAAAUUCUUGGCUCAGUUCAUACAUUGUCCAACUGUUAUUGAGAUUUUUAUGCAAUUUGUUUUUAUCGAUAUUCAACGGGCCGUUGAACCAGAUAAAAUUAUUCUUGCAACAGAGAUCAGCGAGCCAUGGAAAUUACUAAAAACAGAAUUAGUGAAUCUUAUGGAGGCUGAAAAAUUUACAGAAGUUUUACAUAUUGUUAAAGCGUCAUCUUUAUUACAAUUGUGGCUAGAAAACCAGAAAAUUCAAGUAAAACUAUAUGAGAACGACUUAAAUGCCAUAUUAAAGAUUCUCAUACAAAACUUAAAUUCUGAUAGAUGUCAAAAUGAGCAAAUUAUUUUUCAAAUUUUAAUGAAUUUAAUGGCUCACAAUGAAUCGAAUAAAGUAAUAUUGCAAUCAAUAUUAGCAUUGCCAUUUACUCAAGAUUUUAAAGGAUCUAUGGAUAUCAGUAAAAAAAUGGUGCAACGAGCAAAAUCUCUUGAUAUGAAAACAAUGUCAGAGUGCCUUGAAACCUUAUGCAUACAUGGCAAUGGAAAGGAAAGAUUGAAAUUACUACGUACAUGUAUAUUAAAUAGUGAUACGCAAAUAGCUGUUACAGCAGUGUCACACAGUAUAUUAUUGUUGAAUAAUGCAAACAUAAAAUUAGAAGAUGUUUGUCAAUAUGUUUUAAAUACUGCCUUAUGUUCGACGAAAAUAGAAAUACAUGAAGCUCUUGUAAAUGUCUUGGGUCAAGUAGCUUGUGUCUCAUCAGGAAAAGGAAGAAUUAUUUUAUUAAGCGAAUCAUUAAAUAACAGAAAAUGGAGGAUAUACUGUGAAUGUUGUAUAGAGGAUGUAAAAAAAGAUGUCGAAUCCAAUAUGCAUUAUCUGCCAAGGGACUAUGAUCAUAUUUUUAAUGCAUAUUUUAAACUACUUUCCUCUACCGACGUUUCCAUACGUUUGAAUAUUUCUAAAAGUAUUCUUUCUUUUUCAAAUCACAUAAAAUCAUUUAAUUCAAAUGAGAUAACAAAGAAAUGGAUUCCUUAUAUACACGAUGAAAAUGAUGAGAUUCGGUCGAAUAUUGCAUCGAUAAUCGGGCAAUUAUUAAGUAAUAAGAUCGCUAUGUUGGAAAAUGACAAUGAACGUUUGCCAGAUUCUGUACCAGAUGAUUUGGACGAGUAUGUUGAUCUAGUAAUUAAUGUUAUAGCCAAUACGCUUAUGACUGCAUUGAACACUUUCAACCAUUCCUUACACGAUACCUUACUUGCCACUGCAAAAAAUUUCGUAUGUGUUCCAUUACAUUCAACAGAAAGAAGAAUUCUGGAUGUAUUUAUAAUCACAAUAACACAUCCAAAUUCAUCACAUGCAGCUGUAGCAUCUGCCACAGCUACAUAUCGGGAUAUUGCUGAUUUUCUAAAUGUUUCUCCGAAGACACUAUACAUUCGAUAUCGAAAGGAUUUCUUGAAACUUCUAAUGAAACGUGCUGUUAGCAAUUAUAUAAAUUUCUCAUAUAAUAUGGCAACUACAGUACAUCGCGUUGCUAAAUGUAUAGGCUAUGAAGGAUCACGUCAAUUGCUGUCUAAAGAUGGGCAUUAUGCGGUUUCCUUUCUGAUCGCUAUUAUUGUUGAAGUGCCACAAGCAAAUGUGCUUUUGCACGAUAUUGCCGAAUUGAUACGUAUGGACAUAAAGCAAAUGCUUCAAGAAUAUUUUCCAUAUAUUUACAGUUAUGCGUUCUUAGAAAUGCCUCUCCGAAUAACUACAGAAUGUUUAAAACUUGUAACAAAAAUAACAGAAACUAAUCUUGGAUUUCUUACAAAGCAGUCCUUUAUGGGCAUUUUUGAAGAACUUAUGUUAAAUUUUUAUGAAUCGCCUGAAAAAAUAGUAGGUUUGUUAGAAAUUAUAUUGGAAUAUGAUACUACUCAGAGAGGAAAGUUUGAUACGCGAGAACAAGUUGUGUCUUAUUUGAAUUUACGAUUACAUGGUAUAUUAGUGAAUUUUGAUAUAAAGCUUGGUCCUAAAUCAGAUGAAUAUACGCAACAAUCUGCACUUGCUUCACUAGUUGUUUUAAUUCGUUACAUGGGUGCUACUAGUUUGACUCCGCUUAGAUACAAAAUUUUAGCCACAUUACGAACUUCACUUGGAUUUAAAAGACCAGGCUUCUCACGCUUAGUCUGCGAUGCAUGGGAUGCAUUUAUUCACAAUAUAGCUAUUGAAGACUUAGGACCACUAUUUCCAACAAUAUGUGUAUCGUUAAUACCAUUGCAAAAAAUAUUUCCAGAAAAAGUCAAUAAUAUGUUAGAGUUUCUGAUUGUUCAAAAUAGUGGAGGAAACAACAAUCACAUUUCAGAAUUAUUUUUUAUAGAUGACAUGAAUGUUCCGAUUCAUAUAUCUGAUAUAGUCAAAGCACAUAUUUUACAAGCAAGACCUGAUGAAUUUAAUGCUAAUUUAAAGUUAUGGUUGAAACGGAUUAUGCACGAAACUGAUGAAGUGCGAAUUAGAGCUCUGAAACAUUUGAAAAUAUUUUUGGCGGAGCAUCGUAGUGAGCUUAAUAAAAUGAUAUUAAGUGAAACUGAUGUCCAUCCAUUAAUCGUUGAACUAUUAGAUACUCUACUGAUUGGAUGUCAAGAUAAAGACGAAUCUAUUCGUUUAUGUUAUGGUGAAUGUCUUGGAGAAUUAGGAGCUAUUGAACCGAGUCUUCUUCCGCGGAGAAUUAUUUCUAGAGAGGAUAGUAAAUUUAUAUCAGAUAUAAAUGAAGAGUUUGCGUGUGCAUUACUUUCUGAACAUGUGCGAGCUUUUCAAAUGCAGAAGAACAGUCAAAGUAUGGAUUGUUUUUCACUUGCUAUACAGGAGAUAUUAAGAGCAUAUGAUAUUUCCCCGCAAGGUCGAAAUAAUGAAUUGUGGAAUAAUUUACCGUCCACAACGCAACAGAUUAUUAUCCCCUUCUUGACAUCGCACUACAAGAUAGUAACUAUUAGCGAUGACGAUGAAUUUUCGCAUCCUAUUUACGGUUCAGAAGCAGGUUCUUCAGUUGAAAACUGGGCUUAUAACUGGCUUUGCAGCAUGUCUAAUGCUGUACGUGACACUACACUUAAUAAUGUAUUACAGGCAUGCAAAUUAGCGUUUAAACGGGAUAUAAAAACGUUAAUGUUUUGUCUACCAUACAUUGUGUCAUAUAUAAUCGCAAAUAAUGGAGAAGAACAUGUUAAAAUUAGAGAAGAAAUGUUAGCUGUUAUCAAUGUUAGACAAAAGUCUGUACUAGAUCCUGAACUUCUGCGUCACCGACCACUUCGAUAUGGACAGAGUGUAAAGGCUGAUGACAAGAGAAUUUCGGAAGAAACUAGACGUACACGCUGCUCGCGAGUAAUCUUUCAUAUAUUGGAUCAUUUGCAAAGAUGGCUCAGAGAACGAAGAUUAUUUCAAGACGAUAGAUACGAAGCUAUAAAAGAAUUCUGCGCUAGAUUAGAUACUUUGGUAGUGGCAGAGGGAUGUUACCAAUCACGGGAAUACCACCGUGCACUAAUGUAUCUAGAGCAACACAUGGCAUCUAGUAAUAAAAGUUUAUCUGAAUUAACAGAAAGUGGUUUACUCGCCAAAAUUUAUGCGCAACUCGAUGAACCUGAUGGAGUUUCUGGUAUUCUGGCGACCCAAAAUCAGUCUCCUACAUUACAACAAUUGGUUUUAGCUCACGAAGUCAAUGGACAGCUUCAGGACGCAGCUACAUGUUACGAGAGACUCAUGCAGACAAGAGACUCAAAGCACAUGUACUUACAAGGUAUUAUUCAAUGUUACCUUGGCUUAGAUCAACCGUUCACUGCCAAACACAUUACCGAGGGUCUAUUAAGUAAUAGACCAGAAUUAGAGCCUCUCAUAACCGAACGUGAGCUGUUUUGGAAACUUGCUCACUUUUCCCGAUUUGAUGAAUCCUCACAAAAAAAUAUAAAACACGUACUAUUAGAUGAUCUCAUAAAGGAAACAAAACCUGAUUUGCUCUCAUUGAAGAAAAAUUUAGUAUCAUUAUUAGAAGAUGCUUCUCGACCGGGAGCUUAUCAACAGAGUUACUCGUACAUUAUGAAAUUACAUAUAUUAAAUGAAUUUGAUAAAGCAACUUCAAUGAUGUUGAACAACGCAGAAAAUCUCCCAUCAAUAUUAGAAGAAUGGGAGAAACGUGGACAAUUGUUGAGAGCAUCUCGCGGUGUAGAAUUUGUUCUGAGUAUGCGCAGAGCUACUUUAGAUUUAGCUGUACAGCUACAACGAAAGACUCAAAAUACAGAAAAUUUAAUGCUUAAGCAAGAAAUUGGUAAAAUCUGGUUAAAGAGUGCCAAAAUUGCUAGAAAGACUGGUUUGCACCAACAAGCGUAUAUGCACAUUUUAUCAGCCAAUGAUUGGUGUCCACCACAGCCAUUGUAUCUAGAACAAGCUCAAUUAUAUUGGCAAAAGGGUUGUCAAGAAGAUGCUUUUACUACUUUAAAUCGUUGUUUCUCAAAUUGUUUUCAACCAGCACAAUAUUACAAACAAUUACCUUCAGGAGACUGUAACGAAGAAAGAAGAUAUUGUGCAAAGGCAAAGCUUCUUUUUGCCAAAUACAAUGAUGAAACUCUUAAUGUUGAUACAGAUGGUUGUAUCCUUAAUUAUAAAGAAGCAAUUGAAGUAUGGAGAUGCUGGGAAAAAAGUUGGGUAUCGUGUGCUCAGUAUUAUGAUACUAUUGUUGAGAGAAUGUCUGAAGAUGACAAAGAUAGAAAUAAACGAGAUCUGCAAAUACAUAUGAUGAACUUUUAUGGCAAAUCGCUUCAAUAUGGCUGCAAAUAUAUUCAUCAUUCAAUGCCUAAGAUGUUGACCAUUUGGUUAGAUAACGCUUCUCGUGCUACGAUUAUGUCCGAUCCACCAGAUAUUAUUAAACUUCGUCAAGAUCGUCUGUCAAAGAUGACUCAGAUCAUGGAAGUUUAUCAUCAUAGAUUACCGACGUUCAUGUGGCUGACAGCAUUCAGUCAACUUGUAUCAAGAAUUUGUCAUCCAUCUCUGCUAGUACAAAAUACUCUUUGCACGAUUUUAGUCAAAUUAAUUUCAGCAUAUCCGCAACAUUGUUUAUGGAUGAUGGCAUCAGUUUUUAAUUCUUCAUAUCCAACGCGACAAAAACGAUGUCAAGAAAUCUUAAAUCAUGCGCAAUUGAAAACGCUAGACAUGGUUAAACUUAUUAGAGAUUUCCACAAACUUUGGGAAAGACUGAUCGAAUUAUCCAAUAAAGCUAUACCAGAAGGAAUAUUAAAUACCACUGUGACUCAUUUGUCAAAAAAUUUGCUAAGGUUAUUUGUAAGUAAAGAUUUUAGCUUAAUCAUGAUGCCAACAACGAAAUUCAGACAACUACAUCUUCCAUCCAAGAACGCUUCAAUUGAAAAUCACAAUCCAUUCUUAUUGAGAUGGGUACAUAUAACAAAAAUAGAAGAAAGCGUGGUAAUAAUGCCUUCACUUCAACGUCCCCGACGAAUCGCGCUGAGAGGAUCAGAUGGUAAAGAAUAUCUUUUUAUGUGUAAGCCGAAAGAUGAUUUACGUAGAGACUUCAGAUUGAUGGAAUUUAAUGAUAUUGUGAAUAAGUAUCUUCAAAAUGAUCCAGAAUCACGACAAAGGAGACUUUAUAUACGCACAUAUAGCGUAGUGCCUUUGAACGAGGAAUGCGGUUUAAUAGAAUGGGUACCAAAUCUGGUUGGUUUUCGACCUACUAUCAUGAAUCUCUAUAAAGAAAGAGGCAUUGCACCUACAAAUAAGGAACUUAAAACAAUGAUAUGUGCAUUAAGAGAUCCAGUAGAAAAGAAGAGACAAAUGUUUCUAGAGAAGUUAUUACCACGACAUCCUCCUAUAUUCGGGGAUUGGUUUCGCAUUACGUUUCCUGAUUCAUAUGGAUGGUAUGAAGCUCGCACGGCAUAUAUUAGAACAACUGCUGUCAUGUCCAUGGUGGGAUACAUACUUGGGCUUGGUGAUCGCCAUGGAGAAAAUAUAUUAUUCGAUUCUAAAUGUGGAGAUUGCGUACAUGUUGAUUUCAACUGUUUAUUUAACAGGGGUGAAUAUUUUGAUUGGCCUGAACGAGUACCAUUUCGCUUGACACAUAAUAUGGUGGACGCUAUGGGUCCUUUAAAAAUUGAAGGACCAUUUAGACGCGCCUCCCAAAUUACUAUGCGAGUGCUUCGGCAAGAAUCGAGUACAUUGUUGAGCGUACUCACACCUUUCGUCUACGAUCCACUCGUCAGUUGGACUAAGAAUCAGCCUGGUGAUGCAGCUGAAAAAACAAAUGAAAAAGCUGUAGAACAUAUAAAAAAUAUUGAGCAACGAUUGAAAGGCUUGAUACGAUAUGCUGGAAGAAAGGUAGAAAAUAUCGCGUUACAUCUUAGUGUCGAAGGACAAACUAAUCAUUUAAUUUUAGAAGCGACAAAUACAGAUAAUCUGUGCCAAAUGUAUUUUGGUUGGGGUGCAUAUUUGUAA